UAUGUGCAAAAUCACAAACAACAUCCAUUCUGGGUCUAUAAUACAAUUAUACAAACACACCCUUGUUUCUGAUUCCCUUAAUUUAAUUUUGUUUAGUUUAUUGUCUCUGAUUAAAAUAAUAUAAAUAUGAUGAUGAUGUUGAUGAUAAUGAUCAUAAAAACACACAUCUGAGUUUUCAAGGAUCAUGGCUCUUUUGCCUAGAGUAGGAAACAAGCAACUCCCAGCAGCCAAUCAUAACCAGCCAGGUGUCAAAAUAUAAAAGCAUCUACUUCAGCCCAUCUUUGAGUUCCUUAAAAGAAAUGGCAUCAAUAAAUAUGAGUAUAUAUAUAGCCUUAUAGAUUUAUUUAUUUACUUAUAUUAGUAUAGUAGUAUAGGGAGAGGUAUAAUGAUGGUGGAAUGAAUCCAUAUGGGAAUGGAAUGAGCUUUUGUGUGUGUUUAUUGAGGUGAAAAUUUGGCAGUUAAAGUUGCUUUCAGACAAGGCUAGUCAAAACCCCAUUUUACAUAUAGUUAAAAUAAAAAGACAAACAAAAGAUAGGAAUUAGGGAAAGAGAGAGAAAGAGAGUAAAAGAACAUCAAAAACAAAGACUUGAUUUUUAUUUGAUUUUUGACAUGGGUACAUUGGGAUUUUAAUAUAUUUGAAUAUUUAAUUAUGGUUUUUUUGUCUUUCACUUCAUUCCUUGCCGAAAACAGUGAAAUCUCAUGAAAGUUUAGGACUUUUCAGGGUCACCUUCUUCAAUCAAAGAGGACCCCUUUUAUUUUUUUUCCCUAAAUCAUUUUUUUAAAACAAAAAAAUUCAAUUUUUAUUUUAGGGAUUUCUAUUUUGUUGCCCUGUUCAUGGAUCCCAAGGGCUCAAAGCAACCACAGGAGGUCCCCAACUUCUUGAGCCUCCCACAACAACAAGAAUCAUCACAACAACAACAACAACAACAACCCAAUAAUACCAAUAUGGGUGAGAAUAAACCAGCUGAAAUCAAAGAUUUUCAGAUUGUGAUUGCAGAGAAAGAUGAGAGCAAAAAACAGUUAGCACCAAAGAGGAGUUCAAACAAAGAUAGACACACAAAAGUUGAAGGAAGAGGAAGAAGGAUAAGGAUGCCAGCUUUAUGUGCAGCAAGGAUUUUUCAGUUGACCAGAGAAUUGGGUCAUAAAUCUGAUGGUGAGACUAUUCAGUGGCUUUUACAACAGGCUGAGCCAUCGAUUAUAGCAGCCACUGGGUCCGGGACUAUACCUGCUUCAGCUUUGGCAGCCGCUGGUGGCUCUGUUUCACAACAGGGUGCCUCUCUUUCAGCUGGGUUACACCAAAAGAUUGAUGAGUUAGGGGGGUCAGGUCUUAUUGGGUCAGGAGGAGUUGGAGGAGGGAGUAGUAGGACCAGUUGGGCAAUGGUUGGUGGAAAUUUGGGGAGACCCCAUGUGGGUGUGGCCACGGGGAUAUGGCCCCCAAAUGUAAGUGGGUUUGGAUUUCAGUCAUCUUGUUCUGGUCCAUCAACUACAAAUUUGGGAAGUGAAAGCUCAAAUUAUCUGCAAAAAAUUGGCUUUUCUGGGUUUGACUUACCAGUCACUAACAUGGGUCCUAUGAGUUUCACUUCAAUUUUGGGUGGGAAUAACCAACAGCUACCUGGGUUGGAACUUGGGCUUUCUCAGGAUGGUCAUAUUGGGGUUUUGAAUCCUCAAGCUUUGUCCCAGAUGUAUCAACAGAUGGGUCAGGCUAGAGUGCACCAGCAGCACCAGCAACAGCAACAGCAGCAGCAUCAGCAGCAACAGCAGCAUCAGCAUCAACAUCAACAUCAGCAACCUCCUGCUAAGGAUGAUUCUCAAGGCUCAGGACAGUAGAGUUGGGAGGGAGACAUGUCAAGAUUGUUAUGGAGCCAGCAUUUGGUUGGGAGGCUGAGUUUUUUUUUAUAUAUUUUUUAUUUUAUUUUCUUAAUGGUUUUUGUGUUGUAUCAUUGGAAAGAAUAUGAGGAGAAAGAGAGAGAGAGAGAGAUAGAAAGAGAGAGAGAGGUAGAGAUAGUGAUACUUGAGAGAAAUUCAAUAGAAAAUGGAUUUGGUUUGCCCCUUCUUCUUCUUCUUCUUUCUCCUUUGCAUGGCCUCAUGUCUCCAUAUGCAGGUGAAAUUGUGCACUGCCCAUAUAUCAUCGGUUUGAGCUUAACUUCUUUGAUUCAAAGGUGUGUUGAGUAUAGUGUAAGGCAUCUUUUAAUUAUUUUUGUUAUGCUCUAGAUCUUAAAGGAGUGAUUGCUCAGUUUGUUUGUGAAAGUUUUAAACGUAGAGUUAUAUAGUCAUACUUCUCCAAA